GUCUGUAGGACGCGCCGUAUCACUGUGUAGGCCUCUCAGAAGGUUACCGGUGGCGGGUCAGGCUUGAGGUCGUUUGUGUCACUGGUUUUUGGAUCACAGCUAGAAGUCGGACCGGCCGCCCAUGCAAAAGAUGUUGUCUCUUCUGUCCCGUGUUUUCCAGGGCCCUGCCCAGAAACCUGUCACUGCAGUUCGUGUUAUGGUGGCAUCUCGUAACUAUGCAGACUUUGCAUCAGAAGCUACGUUUGAUAUCAAGAAAUCUGAUGUCUAUCGUUUGGAUGAGGCUCCUCCAACUCAGGCUGUCCUCACACGAGAAGAGGGCCUGCAAUAUUACAGAACUAUGCAGACCAUCCGGCGCAUGGAGCUGAAGUCAGAUCAGUUGUACAAGCAGAAGAUCAUUCGUGGGUUCUGCCAUCUUUAUGAUGGUCAGGAAGCAUGUUGUGUGGGCAUGGAAGCUGCAAUCAACCCUACCGACCACCUAAUCACAGCUUAUCGAGCCCAUGGUUACACCUACACUCGGGGUGUGUCUGUGAAGGAAAUCUUAGCUGAGCUUACUGGAAGAAAAGGAGGCUGUGCCAAAGGCAAAGGGGGAUCUAUGCAUAUGUACGCCAAGAACUUCUAUGGUGGAAACGGCAUUGUGGGGGCUCAGGUUCCUCUAGGAGCAGGCAUAGCAUUGGCCUGCAAAUAUUUUGGAAACGAUGAGAUAUGUUUGGCUUUGUAUGGUGAUGGUGCUGCUAAUCAGGGUCAGAUUUUUGAAACCUAUAAUAUGGCUGCUCUGUGGAAGCUUCCCUGCAUCUUUAUUUGUGAAAAUAACCGGUACGGUAUGGGUACAUCUGUGGAGAGGGCAGCGGCCAGUACAGACUAUUACAAACGUGGAGAGUUUAUCCCAGGCCUCAGGGUUGAUGGCAUGGAUAUUCUUUGUGUCAGAGAAGCUACAAAAUUUGCAGCCAAUCAUUGUAGAUCUGGAAAGGGUCCUAUUUUGAUGGAACUUCAGACCUACCGUUACCAUGGACACAGCAUGAGUGAUCCUGGAGUAAGCUACCGUACCAGAGAAGAAAUUCAGGAAGUAAGGAGUAAAAGUGACCCAAUCACUCUUCUUAAAGACAGAAUGUUAAACAAUAAUCUAUCUAGUGUGGAGGAAUUAAAGGAAAUUGACGUUGAGGUGCGGAAAGAAAUUGAAGAAGCUGCCCAGUUUGCCACCACUGAUCCAGAACCACCACUGGAGGAGCUGGCAAACCACAUUUAUCACAAUGAACCAGCCUUUGAUGUCCGAGGAGCAAACCCUUGGAUCAAAUAUAAGUCUGCCAGCUAAACCCCACUUUAUGUUCAGUCUCUCAGUUAGCCUGUUACUCUAUUGCCCCUUUAAUGAGAACUGGUUCAUAUUACCCUGUCUGCCAGUGUUGGGGUCAUAGUUUGACUUCCAUUUCAGACCUUCCAUUUUAAACGUUUUGGGUAUGUUACUUGGUCGGAUAAAGACUUAAACACCAGCCCAGCAACUGCUUAUGUUAUGCUGAUGAAGCUUUCAGAACCCCUUUCCUUGGUGUGAGCCACCUUGGUUGUCCAUACCAUUUUUUUUUCCAGAUAUAUUAUUUAUAGUAAAACUACCAUUUUAAAAAGUAUCCAGAAAGCUAAUCAUGUCAUACCAUGUAUGCAUCAUAUUUCAUUAAAAUUGGGCUUGAUAUAUAAA